UGGCAGCAGCAGCAGCAGCGGCAGACCGAACUCGCGACUGAGUCUCGUACCUACUUCGAGGCGGCUUGGCGGAGUCAGUUCUGAUCGCGGUAUCGAGCCGUUCGCACGUGUUAUUUGAGGUCGUGGAUGCGUGACGUUGAAAACCGUUUACUCAAGGCACAAUUCGUUAUCGCUUAAAACAGGAAUUUAGUCAAAUACGACGGCGCUACUUGUUUAAUAUUUUUCUACGAAAGUGACAGAGUCAAUGUUCGUUACGUCGUCGUUACUACGCGUACGGUUGUAAUCGAAUAUUUUAAAAUUUAUUUUUUACCUUGUAAACAUACGUAAACACUGCGUAAUAGUUGGAAGUUGGAAGUUACACCGUUUUCAACUUUUCGGCGAACUUACACUUGUCGUAUAUCACUGUGAUUGGCACUGACAGUUAUACUCGGGGAGGAAGACUAUUGGCACAUUGGAACGUUUUAACCACCUUAGCCAAGUUUUAAUAUUGAGUUUUAUCAACCGUCAGUCUUCGCGAGACGCUACGAGGGAUAUGAACACACGUGGUCUUCAGUGUCCGUCCAUAUCAACGAUCUGCGCGCACUUUACAACAGUUUACAAACAAUACGGCAAUAGGUACUGAAAUAUUGGAAAGCAAUUGUGUGUGAAAGUGUUAUUUUUAUUAUAUUUAACUACGCUUUUAACACAUCCGAUUUAUAUCCGCUGUGAGGAUUGACUUGAAAACGUUUUAAUACAAGUGAACAACAUACCGAGUUGUCAUUCUUUUUUAUUGGACUUAAAAACAACAACCAUAACCAGAAGGACAACGACAAAAAAACCUUUCAAAAUUGAUGUUAUAAGAAGACAAAUUAUGGUAGCAGAAUUUGUCGCCCGUCAAAAUGGAUCGCCCAUCAACGGUGAAACCGCUUGCCUGAAUUUAAAUAUGCCGGGAGGACACAGUAUGGCUCACGCAGGUCACGGAGGACCUCACACGGGGGGACAUCACGGCCCUAUGCCGCCCCUGAAUCACCCGGCCCAUCCCGGUCACCAGAGUCAUCACGGGGCGCAAAGCACGUCGCAGCACUCUCACAGCGACACCGAGAGCCAAAGUCAUCCGGAUACAUACGGGCCGAACUUCGACCUCAGGAAGGAGCUCUUCUCCCAGAGGAAACAACGGGAGUUCAUACCCGACAAUAAGAAAGACGACAGCUACUGGGACAGGCGUCGGAGGAACAACGAGGCCGCCAAGAGGUCGCGGGAGAAACGCCGUUUCAAUGACAUGGUGCUGGAACAGCGGGUGAUGGAGCUUAGCAAAGAGAACCACAUUCUGAAGGCCCAGCUUGAAGCGAUACGCGACAAAUACGGUAUAUGCGGCGAGUCGGAGAUAAGCGCCGAGCACGUGCUCGCUGCUUUACCGACCGAACCGCCGCUCGUCAAACGACCCAAACUCCCGCCGACCGCCGCUAUCUUAUACGCCAGGUCUCCGAGCCCUGUUCCCACAUCGGUAAUCCACCAACCCGUCAGCGGCGCGAGGUCUCCCAGGUCACCUGCUCAGCUAUACGUCCCGGAAACGACGGCCUACCCCGAGACCGACAGUUUCCAGUACACCUACAGCCAUCCGGCGAUGCAUUUCGACACGACGAGCGCCCUCAACUUGUCAAGGGGUCGCAGGACCCAGUCACCCUUCGAGGUCUCAUCGGGCAGCGGCGACGAGGGCGGACCCCAGGUUACCGCCGCUCAGACAACUGUUAAUAACAGCCUGCCACACAAGCUCAGACACAAGUCGAGGAUCGGCGACAAAGACGCCGCUAGCGCUCUCCUCGCCUUGCAGGGUAUAAAGCAGGAACCCGGCCCACGAGCCUCGCCGCCCUGGGACAACGAGGGAUCCAGCGACGAGAGAGACUCCGGGAUAUCCCUCGGGGCCGAGUGGCCCGGUCCUGGAAAUCUUGCCCCCGUUCCCGAGACCGAGCACGAAGUCAAGUCGAGGCUCGAUCGUUUAGCGUCAGAGGUCGCCUCGUUACAGUUGAUACUCCGUCUGAGCAAGUCUGGAGAUCCCCAACAGCAGCAACAGCAACUGCAACAGCAACUGCAACAGCAACCCCAACAACAACAACAACAGCAGCCGCAGCAGCAGCAACAGCAGCAGCAGCAACAACAACAACAACAGCAGCAGCAGCAACAGCAGCAGCAACAACAGCAGCAGCACCAACAGCAGGCAGCGCAGGUUCCUAUCACUGCGGCACAGUGAAAUAUUACGGUGCACGUAUUUCCAAUGUUGGAAAUAUCACGCGUGAUGAUUCUGUAUGGAUAUAUACCGAUUACCCGAUGAACGGACAGACAUCAAUGUAUAUUUACAAACGACGUAUUACCGCCCGGUUCCGUUUUUACCCACGACUCUUUCGUGCGAGUCGAAAAUGAUUGUAAAAGCCGGAUUUACAGGGGGUAAUGGAUUAAUCACAUCCCGUCUUCUUCUGUCCCUUCGGACCUCAAUUUAUUACGGUACCGCUCCCCAUAUCUCUUCAAAUCGUGCCCCGUAUCCAAGUUUUUCAAAUUCUGUAACUUCUGCGAGAAUAUCGUUAUAUCGAAAAAAUAUAUAUAUACAUAUAACUAAGAUUUUUCAUAUAUACUUUGAUAAAAUACGAAUUUACGAUUUCAAGCCUUCUAUUAUUGAAUUUUAUUCGAUCUAUUGAUACAUCUGUACGGUCCUAUGCAUUGCACAUCAGUCAUUGUAAUCACGCUUGCAAACGAUUUCUUUAUUGCUUUGACCGUAUUUAUCUUGGAAACAAGGAAAUUCUCAAACUUGAACUUGUAGCAGACUAGCAGACUUGGCGAUGACUGAGAGAAUAUUCAAGUAGUGGAUAACGAAAAAAGUUACCAAGAAAAGAAACAAACAAGCAUACUGCAAGUAUCAACAGUAUUCCAUGUGAUUGAGUAUAUUGAAUAAUAACUUUCGAAGCGUUUCUUUUCUCGCGUACUUGCAUCGAUAUCGACAAAAAUUUGAGUUGGAUACGAAUAACUAGUGGAGCGGAAAGUUUACGGAUGGUUUCUAAAGUUUCGCCCUGGCGUUGAGGAUUUCAGGGUGGACGUUUUAUAGCUGUUGAAAAACAACAAUAUGCAGAUAUAUGUGUGUAUACUGUAUACAUAUAUAUAUAUAUAUAUA